GCUUGUGACGUCUCAUGUUGAUGUGUUAUCAAAACAAAGCGUCGGAGGUUCAGAACAGAGUUCAGGCAUACGGAUAUUAGGCAGUUUGUUUUGUACUGUUGAGGUGUUCGGUUGGUGUGUGUGUGUGUUUUACAAUGGCAUCCACUCCAAAGUCAGUUAAUGAAGAUGUUCUUGGAGAGUCGUGGGUGGAGCUGAACGCGCAGGCUACCUGCAGUCAUACCCCGGACAGGAUCACACCUCUGCCUUUCUCUUCUGGCGAGGAGUACCUGAGGCUGCUGAGGGAGGCUCAGCGCGAGAGCAACCAGUCGUCUGCACGAGUGUCCGUGGCUUCCUCUCGCAGGGACACUCCCAGGGACAGCCCCAAAUCGCCGCCCAACAGCCCCAACACCGAGCUGUCCACUGACGAUGACCUGAAGGGAGUCUACAUCAACUACUGCUACAAGGAUGGGGACUUUAUGAAUGUUGAUCGCAGCACAGACUGGAUUUGGGAUUGGAGCAGUCGACCAGACCAGGCACCACCAAAGGACUGGAAAUUCAAGCAUCCUAGGAGGAAAACAUACAGUAUUCGCCACGCCAAGGUGGGGAAGAACAGCCUGUUUUCCAAGGAAGUGCUGUACACACUGUUCCUCACAAAUUUCAUUUCACUUCUCCUUGGAACUGGAGUUGGGGUUUGGUUGAGUCGGAGAGGAAUGUACCUGCCGCGUAUUAACUUCGAAUGACUCGUCAGUUAAACGGCCAGCAAGCUAAAACUGGGGGUGGCAUCUGUGAUUGGCUAAUUCAGGACCGAAUACCAUCACAUGACAGAAGACUGAUUGAGGGCUUUUGUGAGGAUUGAAACAAGAUAGGAAAGCCUCAUCCUUAGUGGAGGCUUAUGGUGAAAAACACUCUUCUUAUAUGUUUCGUAUGUAUUUACUGACUCGUACUGCUAGAGCCUGAAAAAAAAAGAGUUUUUUUUCCUACAUAUUCUUAUACACUCACAAUUGCAGUGAAAUUGAUUAUAUUUGUACCCAAAGUAUGAAAUCACAGCAUUGGUACUCACAGAACUUAACAAUUAACACAAAUUUCUUAAAUCUAACACACAAAAAAAUCAAUAAAUUUUCUUCUGGAUUUUCUCAUUUUGCUUUAUCCUCUGUGAAUCGUGUCUCGCAGUUGUCAAGACGUAACGUUUGUACGCGUGGGAGAAGAUGACGCAGAGCCCCCAUCAUCGGGGCAGCGGUGAAAAACGACAUCCACGUCCUGGAUGGAAUUUUAACGCUCGGACCAAAUAUCUGUUUGCUACUUUAUACAAAAUCAAUUGGAUUGACUUUGGCAAUGAAUUUUGCUGGAAAUACCUUUCGUUACUUUUUAUGAAUCGCUCUUCGUGAUAUACAGACAGGUAAAUGGCGCCUCUGUGUGAAAAGGUAAAAAAAUUGUUGACCCUCUUAAUGAACACGGAUCAGCUACUUGUCCCUCGUAAAAGUUUGUGGAAACGCCUCCGGUUAUAGUUGAUCUUCGGGGCCUCUGCCUGCCUAGAAUGGUGACGUCCAUUUAUGAGCGAGAAACGAUGUUGGGAUGAUGAUGAUGUGAAUGAUUGCCAGCAGCUACUUGUAUUUUACUGGUAGGCACCUUAGUUAAAAUUACGUGACACCCCAGUGCAUAUUCUUGCUACUAAAUUUAAUUGAAAUCUGUCGAGUAGUGCUGGGGAUGAAACAAGCAGAGUGAUUGACGUGUCUUUCCAAUUAUUCAGUUAUUUGAUAUUCUCUGUGUAGAAAACUCUUAGAAAUGACUUGGCAUAGAAAAAUUAUUGAUUUUUUUUUUUACAAACUUUGUACUAUUGUACAUUAAAUAUGGUAGCAUACAGUAUAAAUUAAAGUUUUAUGCUGCAGUAGGUGCUAAAAGGGGUAAACGUAACAUCUGUAAGUUGUUUCUGUCUCGUGUCAAUGAGUCUGCCAAAAAAAAAAACUGUCGAAGUUGGGAGUUAUCCUGGUGUAAGUAAAUAUAAUUAUACUUUUAAGGGCUUA